AUGCUUCUCAAUGUGUGGGGGUUUGAAUACCAAGAACAGGAGUUAAAGAGCGAUAAAGGCUUACAAAUGCUUUACAAUCGGUGGAUGAUCCACCAUGAUGUGCAAGUCGAGCAAGGAAUGAAGAAAUUCCAUGUAUUUAAAGAAAAUGCAAUCCAUGUCCUAACCGCUAACAAUGUCACAAGAUCCUACAAAUUGAAGCUCAACAUGUUUGCCAAUUUGACGGCCUCUGAGUUCUUUGACAUGUUCAUAUGUAUCGAACUGAAAAAUAUGAUUGCCCCCUCCGCUAAGCAGUCUAUUUACGAGAAUGAUGAGGUUCAGUCCCCUGUGUCGGUUGAUUGGAGACAGAUGGGAGCUGUCACUGAGGUCAAAACGCAAGGGGAUUGUGGAAGUUGUUGGGCUUUGGCUACGGUGGCAGCUGUUGAGGGAAUCAACUACAUCAGGACAAAUGAGUUGGUAUCCUUGUCAGCACAAGAAUUAAUUGACUGUGAUACUGAGAAUUUUGGUUGUGGAGGAGGUUCCAGGAGACGCGCAUUUGAAUAUAUCAUGAAGAAUGGUGUGACCACGGAGGCCAACUACCCCUACAAAGCUGUUACGGGAGAAUGCGACCCCUCAAAGUCAAAAGGUAUCAAAGUAACAAUCAACACAUACGGAUACGUCCGUCGGAACGACGAGGCAGCACUUCUGAAAACGGUCGCAAGCCAACCGGUAACGGUCGGACUCGAUACUUCCCUCUUCCAAUUCUACUCUAAGGGAAUAUUAACGGGACACUGUGAAACGGGAAUCUCCCACUCCAUGCUUGUGGUCGGAUAUGGUACUGAACCGGAUGGUACAAAGUAUUGGAUCGUCAAGAACUCUUGGAGUCCCGAAUGGGGAGAGAGUGGCUACGUCAGGAUCGAGCGAGGGAUCGCGGAUCCGAAAGGCCGCUGCGGAAUUGCAAUGAACCCUGUGUACCCGGUCAAGUUCCCAGUCCGCUAA